UUGUCACGUGACCACCAGCGCCCUUCUCAGAAUCAGGCAUGAGCUUCCAAUCUCUUGUCCCUGUGGACCAUGGGGUCCCUUCCUGGGUCCUGGUCCUGCUGCUGGCACUGGGGUUGUGCACCCUCCAGGCCAGAGCCAACAGAUUUCUGGACCCUGGCUUUCGGGAAAACUAUUUUGAGCAAUACAUGGACCAUUUCAACUUUGAGAGUUUCGGCAACAAAACCUUUGGCCAACGGUUCCUGGUGUCAGAUAAGUUCUGGAAGAUGGGCGAGGGGCCCAUUUUCUUCUACACAGGGAAUGAGGGGGACAUCUGGUCCUUCGCUAACAACUCUGGCUUCAUGGUGGAACUGGCAGCCCAGCAGGGAGCCCUGCUUGUCUUUGCUGAGCACCGGUACUAUGGAAAAUCGCUUCCAUUUGGUGUGCAGUCCACACAGCGGGGAUAUACACAGCUGCUGACCGUGGAGCAGGCACUGGCAGACUUUGCUGUGCUGCUCCAGGCCCUGCGGCAGGAUCUCGGGGCCCAGGAUGCCCCCACCAUAGCCUUUGGAGGAAGUUAUGGGGGAAUGCUGAGCGCCUACAUGAGGAUGAAGUAUCCCCACCUGGUGGCUGGGGCACUAGCAGCCAGUGCUCCUGUCGUAGCUGUUGCGGGCCUUGGAAACUCCUACCAAUUCUUCCGAGACGUCACAGCAGAUUUCUAUGGCCAGAGUCCCAAGUGUGCCCAGGCUGUGCGGGAUGCCUUCCAGCAAAUCAGAGAUUUGUUCCUCCAGGGAGCCUACGACACCAUCAGCCAGAACUUUGGUACCUGUCAGCCACUUUCCAGUCCAAAGGACCUGACUCAGCUCUUUGGGUUUGCCCGGAAUGCAUUUACUGUGCUCGCCAUGAUGGACUACCCAUAUCCUACUGACUUUCUGGGUCACCUUCCUGCCAACCCCGUCAGGGUAGGCUGUGAACGGCUGCUGAGUGAGGGCCAGAGAAUCAUGGGUCUACGAGCACUGGCAGGGCUGGUCUACAACUCCUCUGGCAUGGAGCCCUGUUAUGACAUCUACCGCCUGUACAAAAGCUGCGCUGACCCCACUGGAUGUGGCACUGGUUCUGAUGCCAACGCCUGGGACUAUCAGGCCUGUACGGAGAUCAAUCUGACUUUUGACAGCAACAACGUGACUGACAUGUUCCCUGAAAUCCCGUUCUCUGAUGAACUCCGCCAGCAAUACUGCCUGGAUGCAUGGGGCGUGUGGCCGCGGUCAGACUGGCUGCAGACCAGCUUCUGGGGUGGCGAUCUUAAAACUGCCAGCAACAUCAUUUUCUCCAAUGGUGACCUAGACCCCUGGGCAGGGGGUGGGAUCCAGAGCAACCUGAGUACAUCAGUCAUUGCUGUCACCAUUCAGGGGGGAGCACAUCACCUAGACCUCAGAGCAUCUAACUCAAAAGACCCCCCAUCUGUUGUGGGUGUGCGGAAGCUGGAGGCUACCCUCAUUCGAGAAUGGGUAGAGGCAGCCAGGCCAAAACAGCACUCUUCCAGCUAAGACCUAACAGGAUCCAUUCCCUUGUUCUGUGUGAGCAAUUAUGGCAUGACAACUUGCCUCACAUCUGAAGGACUGUCCAGAUCCACAGUGGCUUGCCCAGGGUAGACUUUACGCAGGGGGCUGCUGGUAGAUGGAAGAAACUGAAUAAACAUGUGGUUGGG